UGGAGUUUUCCUCCGAGACCUAGAGAAAGGGUGGACGUAUGAAUGAUCUCCCUUCCGGGAUGGAGCCCGACAGACUCCGGGGGCGCGCUGGGUGCUCAAGGAGCGGAGAGGGGCGUGGGCCACCCUUGUAUGCCAGCGUCCGGAAUCCCGCGCUCGCGGGGACGGAUAGGACCCUAUCAGGAGCAAGUGGGGACGUGAGAUCUCAGACGGGAGAGAAUGUGGAUUGCCAGUCCUGGGUCAGAGAGAAAGUGCUUUUUCUUCUGCACCCGGAGAGGUGGUUGGGAACACAGGCGGACUCUGCUUGCGCAGGGCUGGUGGACAGCGAGGACCUUCCCCGGAUGAUUGGAGACCACCACGAUUCCGAACCGAAACGGAAGCUUUCCCGCAGGCGCAUUGCCACAGCCCCGCGAGGCCAGCCCGGGGACCCCGAAGCCACACCCAGGUCCCUGUUGGUGCGGGUCGAGGAUUACCAGGUGACGGAGGAAGUGCUGUGGACAGCAUGGACCAAGGGGAGUAUGACCACGAGGACCGAGGAGCGCUCUGUGACCGCGGUCACCUUUCGGACCCAGAGGGACUGACACAGUUUGUGGGGCACCGGAGGCCCAGACAAACCGCGAUCGCUCCAAAGACUUGAUGCUCGAAAGAAAUUAAGCACACAGAUCUCUGGAGCCUGAGAAAUGUUUCAGGACAGUGGAUGAGGAGGAAUGUUUGAAGAAAAAAUUUUAAGCAGCCUGCGCCAUCCUCUGGCUUAAGUGUCUCACGGUAGUUAAAGAGAAAAAAGGUGAAGACCAUUUUUCUUUCAUGUCUCAGAAGAGUGUCUGAACUUGUCCUCAGUACCAAGGAAUCUCUCCAAUGACUGGGCCUUGACUCUAUGACUUAACCUCACAGAAAUACAAGUUCAUCGAAAACUGUGUUUGUUAGAUAAAGUACAUCAAAGACUCCCAGAGGCCCACCUGGGCACACUAUAACUGGUACAAAUGUCCAAGUCACAUAACUGUCAUGGAUCAGGCAAGAUCCUUUUUAUAAAUAUGUGCUUUUUUAAUAGUUUGAGACAAUGGCUCACUGGAUAAUCCAGGCUUACCUUGAACUUAAGUCUAGCCUGUGGUGACUGACCUUGAGAUCUUUCCAUGUCAGCCUCUCAUGUACUAAGAUGACAGUAUGUACCAGAAUGCCUGACUGCCACCUUUCUUUAAACCCUUUAUUCACGUCUGUAAUUACCUGCGAUGUUCGAUUCAUUUGACCUGCUGUAGUAUUGAGGGGCCAUACCGGCUGUUUCUAUUAAAACUCACUGUGAGGUUUUUUUUUAAGCUUU